CAGUUGGUCUAAGAUCUCCACAAUAGGUCGCGCAGGGCUCCACAAUAGCGAUGCAUUUUAUUCUGCUGGCUGCUGCUGAGUGUGCAGGCCUGAUGCACAUUCUGCACUGAAUGAGGGGCCCUGUCCUAUAAAAACACUGGACAAGGGCUUGGCCACCAGAUUGACUAUACUGGAUCUGUCCCACCUCAGCAUAGAGUGCGGUCAUCGACAGCAGCCAUGAAUCCACAGGAGCAGUUGGAGCAGAGGGGGAAGUUUAGGAUGACCGUGUUCGAGGAGGAAUACUUCCAGGGCAAGAGCUGUGAAUUCACAUUUGAGUGCCAGAACAUUCUGGACAGAGACUUCAGAAAGAUUCGCUCCAUUAAGGUGGAGAACUGCCCCUGGGUGGGGUAUGAGUAUCCUGAGUUCCAGGGCCAGCAAUUCAUCCUGGAGAAAGGAGACUAUCCCUGUUACCAGGCCUGGAGUGGCAACAGCAGUUACAGAACAGAGCACAUGCUCUCUUUCAGGCCUAUUAAAUGUGCUAACCACAGUGACAGUAAGAUUACCCUCUAUGAAUGUGAAGACUUCAUGGGACGUAAAUUUGAGAUGUGUGAGGAUUAUCCUUCCCUUCAAGCCAUGGGUUGGUGUAGCAAGGACGUUCCCUCAAUCAAAGUCAACUCUGGAGCCUGGGUAGGCUAUCAGUUUCCCGGUUACCGUGGAUAUCAGUACAUCUUUGAGAGGGACAGACACCAAGGAGAGUACAGAUGCUACAAAGAGUACGGCACCCAGGCACACACCAAUCAGAUCCAGUCUAUGCGCAGAAUUCAGCAAUAAGACCCAACACCAUUUUGUACCCACCUUGUCAGGCUAUGUUAAUACUAUAUGCAAUAAAGACAUUAUUUAAAUUGUAGUAAAAGAGUGUUUGUGGCAAUUCCUUACUUCUCUGCUCAGUUCAUGGAUCUGCUAAGAGGUAAUUAUUAAUGUAAAACAAGCAGAUCCGAGUGUUUUUUUUUAAAGCUAGGCCCAUAUGUAAUUAGAACAGGCCUACCAGAUUUCCUGGUAAAUGUAAUCAUGCUCUUAUUUUAGAAAGUUUUUUUCUAGAAUAGUCAGACUAGACAGAAGGAGGAACAAGCCACUUUAUUAUAUUUAACUAUUAGGAUGUUUUAUGCUAGCUGAUCAAAGUGAAGUCUUGCUUAAUGAUGUCCUAAACCACCUAUUUGAUGGAUAUGAGACUGUAAUAUUUCUAAUAAACAUGAAUAACUUUA